UGAAAGCCCUGGGAUCCGGUGAUCGACGCUCAGGUCUUCCUCAGCAGGCGGCGGGCGAGGCUGUUUUUCCUCCGAGCGCCGCUCGUCGUCCUCGUGGAGGCGAUGGCGCUGCGCCUUCUGUUCACUGCGGGCGCCUCCGUCCUGAGCGACGGCAGGAAGUGAUGGGUCGCCUGGCCGAGGGUUUGGUGGUUUAGCUCCGGCCGGCUUAUCAGCGACGCCCCCCCCACCCCCCGGGACAGCCUCCACCCCCUUCUGGACCCGGGACGGAGCCUUGGUGGCUGCAGGAUGGUCGGUCUGGAGCCCCGGGCAUGAGCCAGCGCGAGCGAAAGCGGGACAGGCCGCCUCCUCCUCCCUCGGGCUCUGAGCGAAGAUAACAAGGGAGCUGCGGAGGGCGAGCGUGGCUUACGGGCGGGAGAGACGAGAAGAAGGGCAAGAACGGUGACAGAAUGUCAGCAUUGGUGACAUCAGUACAGUUAUCUGCAGAUGAUAAUGUAACUUACCCAUCUGCCACCACAGUAGUGACAACAGCUGACACCCUGACAACACCUCUGUUUUUAAAUGCUACCAACAGCACUGUGCCACACAAAUGCUUGGUGCUGUUGUAUGAGGACAUUGGCACAUCCAGAGUUCGUUACUGGGACCUUCUGCUAUUGGUUCCCAAUGUACUUUUCUUUGCAUUUCUCCUCUGGAAGCUGCCUUCUGCCAGGGCCAAAAUCCAUGCCACUUCCAGUCCCAUUUUCACCACUUUCUACAUACUGGUGUUCGUGGUUGCCGUGGUUGGGAUUGCUCGGGCUGUUGUCUCCAUGACAGUUAGUGCUUCUACUGCUGCUACAGUCACUGACAAGAUCCUAUGGGAAAUCACAAGAUUUUUCCUUCUGGCCAUUGAACUGAGCAUGGUGAUUCUGGGCCUUGCAUUUGGCCACUUGGAGAGCAAAUCCAGUGUCAAGCGUGUCCUGGGUAUCACCACCGUGCUGUCGUUGGCCUACUCGGUAACACAGGGAAUUCUGGAAAUCCGUUAUCCUGAUGCCCAGCUCUCAGCAGAAGAUUUUAAUAUUUAUAGCCAUGGAGGAAGGCACUUUUGGCUUGCCAGCUCUUGUUUCUUCUUUCUGGUUUAUUCAUUUGUGGUGAUGCUUCCAAAAACUCCCUUGAAGGAUCGUAUUUCUCUGCCAUCAAGAAAGAGUUUCUACGUCUAUGCAGGAAUUCUUGCUGUGCUCAAUCUAGUGCAAGGUGUCGGCAGUGCUCUACUCUGUGCAGGCAUCAUUGAAGGCUUGUGCUGUGUGGAUGCCACCACCUUCCUCUAUUUCAGCUUCUUUGCUCCACUCAUCUAUGUGGCAUUCCUGAAAAGUUUCUUUGGGUCUGAACCAAAGAUCCUCUUCUCCUAUAAAUGCCAGGUGGAUGAACCUGAGGAUGUCGAUGUGCACCUUCCCCAUGCCUAUGGGGUAACCAAAAAAGAAGGCCUGGAUUCUGGCUUCUACUCCAGCACUCAGAUUGACACCACGGCAUACUUAGAUGACGUUGCUUCCAUGCCAUACCACGUGGGCAGCAUCAAUAGCAUUGACAGUGAUCGUUGGAAAGCCAUUAACUCCUAGAGGCAAAUGUGAUUGAAAGAAUCUCUCUCUCUUGCUCCCAUUGCUCCAUUCAAAUAACCUUUUGGAACUCUAAUGUGUUUGUCUUCGCUUCCCUUUGAGGUGUUUUUUUAAAAAAAGUUAUUUAAAUUCUGUAUGGAACAUAAAAUUGGCAACUAUAGUCUUCCUGGAGGGACAGUACUCAUCUUCCUGAGGCAACAUACAGAUCAGCUUCAUUUCAGACAAGCAUAAAUGCUGACUCUACAUAUUCUUAGCAUUCCAAAUACAGAUGGUUAGACCUUUGUCGUCUUUUGUGGGUGAUAAAAUGCACAUUCAACCAGGAAUAUUGACUGUUCCUUUGUGUGUAUGUGUGUGUGUGUGCGCACGCGCGCACGCACGCGUGCACACACACACAUUCUCUCUCACACACACACAAUCUGAAAUUAAGGUUGGAUGCCUUGUUCACGUUUUAUUGUUUUAGGUUUGAUUUAGUUACCAUUUACGUUCCCAACAAGUCCAAAUUCCCAGCAGUAACCUUCACUCUGAAAUUGGAGGAGAAUAGCAUUGUUCCAACAUUUUGGGCAACAGAAGUUUGGUAGAAAUGGAGGUGAGAGAAUUCAAGAAGCUUUCGAGCAUCUCAUAAUUCUUCACAGGGAAGCUGGGAGCAUAUAGUAUUUUUUUAAAAAAAUCUUAUAUAUAGAAGGAAAGGGAAGAAAAGCCAGCAAGGAAAGGUCUCUGGAACAUGUUGCUGUGCGACUAGACUACUGUGAUUCAUGGACAUGCAGGCAUGAGUUUCAUACACUGUAUAAUUUUAGAAUGAGAAUGUAGCCAGGUGAGUGCUACGGAAUGAUGUACUGUAAAGCCAACAGCAUUCCUGAGCAAAUGAUAGGGAGGAUGGUUGGAGAGCAUGGUUUUGGAUGGAAAUUCCAAAAUGGAAAGGACAGAAGAGUGAACCGAAAUGUUUUAGGAACCUGCUUUAGACAGCUCGCUAUGGAUGCUUUGGAUGACAUCUAAGUAGAAUACAAACCUGAAGUGACUAUGAGGUCUAAAUUCAGGGCAAGCUGUUCAUAACAUCUGUUGUCUUCUGUGCCUUAAGCUUAGGGUUAGGACCAUAUUAUGAGGAUAGUGUUCUGACCUGGCUUUUCUGAAACCUCUGGUGCCAUUUGGCUGAUGAUUGUGUUGGUGAUGUUGAUAAUGCCUGCAUUUUGUAGCCUUCUGAGGUUUUUCUGUGAGAUUAGUAAAGCAAAAGAAUGUUAAUUUCUUCAAUUACAAUCAAAAUGUUUCUGGAAGGAGUAUAAUCUAAUAUGGGGUUGGCUUCAUUUUGGAGGCAAGAAGAAAAAGUAGAGCAUCUAAAACCUUCUAAAAAGCUUGCAUUUUGUGCCCCUGCAUCAUGCUUUGGUUUUGUUGCUGUGAAUGUUCUUGCUGUAAAGUUGAGUGGAAAAUGCAGAAUUAUGGGAACCCUUAAUAGUGUGUGAUCUAUAGAUAAAAUUGUUUGAUUAGAGACUGGUUUGGAGGCAAAUGUAGACACAGCUAAUUGGAUUUGAAAUUCCACAUAUUAAGGGUGACAAAGCAGAGUGUCUUUUUUCUGUUGUUGUUAUAAUGGCAUUAAUUUAGGAUCACCUGUGCUACAAGUGGAUGAAUAAGGUUAGGAUUCCAGAAAUUCACAGCAAUUUUCUUUGAAAUCAAGAGGAUUUGCUUUGGGGAAACCUCUUUAGAACUGAAGUAUAAACAGAAAAAAUUAAUAUUUUGUCUCCUGAAUGCAGACAUAUUCUUCCAUUUGUCCUGAAAAUUCUGCCAUUUGCGAUUUCUGCCUGCCAAGCCACACCAGAGUUUACACGAUAACAAGACCUUGAUUUUAAGACUUUCAAAAUUACUUUUAAAAAAAAGAAAAAAUCCAGAAAAAGAUGACUCAUGCUCAAAACUGCUAUCUGGAUGUGUUGUUAAUGCAGAUUAGCAUGGCUGAUGUGAUAAAGAACAACACUUUGUCUUUAGUUUUGCUAUUGCCCGGAGUGGCCAUUUCUAAACAUCAGAAUUUGAUACCGUAAUCAGACUUGCUGCUAUUGGCAACAUUAUUGUCUUUGUGGCAAGAAAUCUUACAUAAUGUGUAAUUGACAUCUCAUUAAUCUUUAUAGUGUUGAUUGGGGUUAGGCUGGUAGAACCCUCUGUUCAGAAAAGGGAAUUUAUCAGACCAUUAUGUGAGUUUGAUCAUAUAAAACCUGUUUUCCCAGCCCAUUUGUUUCUGUUUCCUCUUAAUGGCAGAGGAAGAGCACGAGGCUGGAGAAGGUCAGUGAUGACAUACAAAACAGGUUCAUCUACCUACCCCCCAACAUCUUCACUCAAUUCAGAACAUAGAAACUCCUGUUGUAAAUCAGUAGGAACCCUUUACAAUCAGACAACUGGCUAGUGUUUCUUAAUUUCUUGAUUCCCUACUUCUGUGGGGUACCCCAAUCUCUUUCUCCUCCCCAGCCAGCGCAGCCCAAUAUCCUUACGUAGCCUAUUCUCACUAGAGUUGAUUGGUGUUAUAGGCCAACAGACCCGGAGGAAUAAGGUUGGAGAAAGCUUUCUGCACCUUAAUAUGGGUGCAUGUACAAAAUGAAAGAAUUCUUAAUAUGAAGAUGGAUAUCUUCGGUAAUGUGAAUCAGGGUGAGAUGACAUUUCAUAUACUUUUGCUAACCAUGUUCUGCAUCAAUUACUGGCCAGUCACUCAGCUAUGAUCCUUUUCCACUGUAGAAUUCUCUUCUUUGUCACCCCGAUGACUUGAUCGUUAAACACCUCUUCUGUAUAUCUCUGUUUGUUUUCUGCAGCUGAGGAGAAACUGCACUAAGUGAAGGAAAUGUCUCCUUCCAAGCAUACUGAUUUUAAAUGUGUAUAUAGAUAUGCCUUCCCUGUCCAGAGCAAAAUAUCAUCCAUAAGCAGACAAUGUUUGUGGGGGUGAAUGUAUUGCAUGUGUCAUGAAAUGUUGGAACAAAAUUUAAAAAUAAAGCUAUGUAUAUUUUUGUCUGUAAAAUAAAUGAACUUUGACAUAAAUUAAGACAUCCCUCCCACCAUAGACACUUUGCCUGUGCGUCUCCAUAUUUUUCUGCUAAUCUUUUUCAGAAUUAAGGUAGCCUGCUAAUAAUGAAAUGUAUUUAUUUUGAGGAAAAUAGUCAUUGUUAAGUUUCUUUUCCCUCAAAUCUGGUUAGGUUUUAGAGCGGUGUUUUUCAGACUGGGAUCACAACACACUUUCAGGUAGGCCUUAGUGCCAUAUCUACCCAGAACUAAUAGUGGUGGUUUGAUACUGUUUUCAAUUUUAUUAGACAAAUGUUCUUGAAGAACAUCCUUAAACCUUGUUAUUUAUUUAAAUAUGAAUAAAAUAAACUGAAGAAGGCAACAGUGACUGUAAUACUAGUUUUAGGAUUCACAUGUGAUGAAACAGAUCCAGUUUAGGUUGCUUAGCCAGAUGUAGAGACUAUGGUAAAUCUAUUCUUUCUUCCCCAAUGCUUGCUUUGAGUAACUCCCUUUAGCUUAAUAAAGUGAACUAUUUUUGAAA